ACCGACCCCCUCAGCGGAGAGGAGGCCGCCGUCGCCAUUGUGAAGGCGAUGGCUCCCGAGGCACACAGUCCUCCAGCCUUGCGCCGUGCCGAGCGACAACGCUUUGCAGAAGCCUUCGAGGCCUUCAAGGCCCCGAAUGCGAAGGAAGGGCUCAGCGUUGGAGGAUUUGUCAAGCUCUGCCAGCGCUGCUUUCGGUUCAGCGACACCUUCGGUGCCAACGAGGCCGAAGAGAUCUUCUGGGAGGUGGUGUUGCCCGGUGGAGAGAUGGACUUACAAGGCUUAGACACGGCCCUCUCCCUGAUCGCUUGGCGCUUCGGGCGCGCCGCGGGUGCCUUGAAGCGUGCGGUGAGCCUAGCAGGGGUUUCAGAGGGCAAGAACUUGCCGGCCUUAGCCAACAAGGAGAUGCCACGACACAACGUCAGGCCUUGGGUGGGUGGCGCCUGAAGAAUGGGCCCUUCUGCUCCAGGUUCCGGUCGAUGCAGUCUUGUCAAAAGAACGCAGCGGCUGCGAGAUGAAGGGUCCCAGAGAAUUGAAGUUUCUCCAAAGACCCAAGAAACCGAAGAGCAGGUUCCAACCUGAUUGGAAGAAAAAUGAUUCGAGAAUAUGUCGAGAUUGUAGGUUGUUUUUUGGGGGGCUGGUGUGAGCAUUUGGUAUAGCCACAGCCUUGUUUCAUCCCUUUGAAAUGGC